CACACACACACGGACACACACACACGGACACACACACGGACACACACACACGGACACGCACGGUGCGUGCGCGCAGCCCAACGAGGGACCCACAGACUGGAGGAGGCAAAGCUGCAGUCAGGGCAGGAGAAGUGAGGGAGAGGAAGAGGCGGGAGCAGAGGGACACGGAGGAGUGGAGAGGACAGAAAGAGAAACAGGCACCGAGACACUUCAGAGAUGGGUGAGUUAUAACUAAGAGAGCAGGAGGAAAGACAGAGAAAGGAAGAGAAGGAGAGCCCUGGGCAAGGGAAAGGGAAAGGAGACCAGAGACUGAGUCAGCUUCCAGAGGGCAAACACCAGGAGACGAGCUCAGGGAACAUCUCAGCAUACCAAGAAGGACCUGCUCUGUCUGAAUCUUCACCAUGAGCACAAGGAAGAGCUGCCCCCUGCCACUGGGGCAAGAAGACCAGGAGGAAAAGCAGAGUGAGAGUACUCCUGACCUGGAGCGACAGGAGUGUGAGAUGGAGCUGAGGAACAAAGCUAUUCUGCAACAGAAGAGGCGCCUCAAACAGGCCACCCAGUUUGUGCACAAGGACUCUGCUGAUCUGCUACCCCUGGAUGGUUUGACAAGGCUUGGCACCUCCAAGGAUCUGCAGCCUCAUAGUGUGGUCCAGCGGCGCCUCUUGGAAGGCAACCUGAACAAACUGCGGGGCGAGGCCAGGGGUCAGUCUGCACGGGUUCAAUCUCCGCUGGCAAAAGACCAGGAUGAAAAGAUGGAAAAGGGAGAGGACAGGAGAAAAGAGACUUCACUCCUGCUAAUACAGUGCCAGUGCCAAGGUGAGGUAUUGAAAGCAACUGUUAACACUGGGUGUCUACCAAACCUCAUCUCCAAGAAGUGUUUAAACCAGCUGGGGCUGGAAGAAGUGUCUGCCAUGGAUUGUGGAGACCUCUCUCUUCCCAUCCCCAGUGUUGUUGGCAGAGUAGAACAUAUGGAAUUGCAAUUUGGCCAGGAGACAGUGCCGUGUUCAGCACUGGUUGUAGAUGACGAAAUGCUGGAGUUUUGCAUUGGCCUCCAGACUCUGUUGUCUCUUCAGUGUUGCAUCGACUUGGAGGAAGGCGUCCUGAGAUUUAAAGCACUGAGUCAGGAGCUGCCUUUUCUACAUGCCUCUGAAGAGCCUGGUCAGUGACCGGCUGCAUUUCCCAUAUCUGGAGACUUGCUGCCACGAGAGAGAGAUGAGGGUGAGGCUCCCAUGCCCCUAACCUUGCUGAGUUCUAGGCUGAGGCAUUCAAUGGGGAGUGAGAAAAAGGCAAGCGGGUGCUGGAAGCUGUCACUGGGAGUGCCUCAACUUGAGAUAUCCCUCCUUUCAGUGGACCCUCUUGUCCUGAUGUGCCGAGUGAACAUUUUGUUCUUGUUCUGCUAUUUGGCCCUAGUCACUCCAAUUUCUGGUUCUGUAAUAAAUUUUUGUUAUCCCUUAAUGACUUUACAAUACACUCUGUUCACAAGAGACUCUCUGUGAACAAUCUCCAGUUGUUCUAUUGACAGGAGAAUGGCUUUUUCUCCAAAGACUUUCAAAGAUUACCACGAACGUUUCCCUUAUUGUUGCCUCAAUGCCAGCGUACACCAGUCCUGUUUCUUUGUUGGAAGGGCUCUGCUCCCUUUGCCUGUACUCUGGGAAGCUGGAUUUUGCUGCUUUUUGCUGGCUCAGAGCAGAACAGAAGUAUUUUCUUGGGAAAACUUUGUGGCAAAAACAGUUUUAGAGUUCUCAGUUCUAAGAAACCUUUGCAGAAAUGUUGAGUAUAGAUGCCUAAAGCACUGACAGGGGCUUGGGCUUUGCCAUUACAUUCCUGGGCACUAGGCUAUAUUAUAUGAAUGGCAAUGCUUACCAUCUCUUGGUGAUAUACCCUGUAGCCAGACUUGCACACCCCGUUCUUCUGGCCAGGCCACUCCACUCUGCACUCCAGCUGCUAGAGCUGCAUCCCUGUUCUUUCCACUGCUUAAUUGGAGAUCACUCAGUUUAAAUGCUGCCAUUAAUUACAGUACCAAGUCUUCUGCUCUGUCAGCUCCUUUCUUUCAACUUGAAAUCCAGUGGUUAAACACAGACACAUCAUCAGCCUUGAGUCCUGGCCCAUCAACUUUGCUUCUCUUGCACAAAAUGAGAACUUGUAGUAUCAGCUCAGGUUAGAGAACUGUUAACUCAUCUCAAAUGUUAAAGGUGAUUAUUAAGUCACUUAACAAUUGGGUUUAUUUAAUUUCUUUUUUUUUUUUAAUUUCUAUAUUCAAGUAUAGCUGUAUUAAAAAUACAUAAUGAAUUCUUAACUAGUUCUAGGAAAAAUGCACUAGAUCAGGGCUUCUUCCAUGCCUCAUGGCUACUGAUUCACUAUCCAAACUGCAAAAUGUACCUUUAUCCACCCUUAAAAUUCUAUGACAACCCCAUUUUGCCUGUUUUCCUAGCUUAAACACCACUGACUCUCUUAUCAAAAUGUUCAUUGUCCUUGUUGUGCUUCUCAAAAAAUGUGUGCAUGCGUUUCUGCUUUUUUUUUUUUGGUUAGUUCUUUUCUCUACAGCUGUACACUGUAGUUUAACACAUGCUAAGGACAUCAGAGUAAAGCUUGGCUGAUAUGAUUUGGGAUUCACAUACCAGUGAUAGUUGGUGUGACUGGCAUCUGCUGCUCCUACAAGGAGCAUCAGACUUUUACCGUUAGUCAUCACAUCUUGCAGCUUCUGAUACAUUCCUUGACUUCUCUGCCACUCUUCUACUUGUGCAUCUGACUAUUUCUGGCUGCAGGAACUGCUUUCCAUGAAUCUCUCGAGUGGCACCAACGGUUCUCUCAUUUAGUCAGGAAAGCAUGCCUACUCAAUGAGCCUGUCUUCCAAAGUAGCAGUAAUUCCUCCUGGAUUUGUAUCACUUGCAUGCCUGACUGGCUUCUCAAACCCAGGGGUCUAGGCAGCUCACACUUGUACUAAACCAUCCUGUGUUCUAGCUGCAGUCUAUGUGGGCUAUGUCUGGGCCAAUUCUGCUGACAAAAUCCUGCUUGUGAUAGACAGAACACCUGUUUCUAUAUGCAUCAACUCACUCAGUUUCCAACUCUCUUUGCCCUCUAAAAACAGCAUGUAGAACAAGGGCAAAUAAUCUAUACAUAUAGAUACCACAAAUCUUAUUAACUUCUACAAUCCAUUAAAAAACCCCUCUAAACCACAACCUAAAAGCUGAUUUUAGCCCUAACCCAAACAAUAAACCCUAACAAUGAUCCUAAAUCUAAAAUGUAAGGCACUAAAUCCUAAUCCUAAAUUUAACCCUUAAAACAAACUCUAAAAUGUAAUGCUGGCACCUAAAUCAAAUCACCACCCUCUAACUAUAAAAGUUAACAUUAAACAUAACCCCCUAAAUUUAACACUGUAACCCAAACAUCUACCGUCUGACUUGAAACCCAAAAUAAAAACCUGAAGACAUUAAUUUAUAAACCCUAAUCCCAAAACCUAACCAUAAUCCCCAACCCUAAACUCUAACCAUUAAGCUAACCCCAGCCCCUAAGCCUAAACUCCAAGGUCUAAACCUAACUCCUGUCUCUAAACCCCAAACCAUAUAACAAAACCUCACCCCAACUCUAAAAUUAUCCUUAACCCUACACCUAACCACAACCAUCUAACCCUAUCUGAUGGCUUUUGUCACACACACAAGGGGCCCUGCUUCCCUCUAGAGUGCUUUUGCUGAGUUUUGCUUUGCCCUGCGAGGGGCCCUGCUACCUAUCAGAGCAUCCCAGGGCUUUUGCCAGGCUUUGCAAGGCCCAUAUGGGGCCCUGCUUCUCUGUGGAGCACCACAGGGCUUUUGUUGGGCUUUGCUGACGCCCAGGCAGGUCUCUGCUGUCUUCCAGAGUGUCUGACAACUUUUGCUGGGCUUUGCUGGUGCCCACAAGUGCAUGGGAAGGGGAGGGCCACCAACAGCUCUAAGUUCUGGCCACUUCCUUCUAGAAGCAGUGCCCAGUGUCAGUUUUGCAGCUGGGCCCUGGCUAGGGCAAGGGUGUAGGUGAGUAGCAGCUUUCAGAUUGAAGCCAACAGGAAUCUUUCUAAUGAUUUAAAAAGUGUUGGAUGGGAUCCUACAGAAAACUGCCACAACUUUGAGUUGACAAUUCUGUUUUGACUAUUGCCUGUCACUUGCAGCCCGGCAGGUACCUGCACACUAGCUGCUGCUGGAAUUCACCAGGUGCUGUUUCUACAUGUCUGUCUUGGAAUAACUGCUUUUGCUCACAUUCAGAACUUCCUCCAGACUUUCUGAAGCCUUUCUGUGGUUCACAUGCCUCAUAUCCUAAACCACUAACAGUUUGGGCUCCUCUGUGAAUUAAUGUGCUGCAGUAGGUAAAAAUCUCUAGCCCUACUCCUCUCUUCUCUGCUUAAUGACUCCUUCCUAUCCUCCUUUCCUUCCACUCACACUGGUGACAAAUUUCCUUCAAAAAGGAAUUCUUUCCUUUUUAGAGAAUCCUUUUAACACUUGCCUUGUACCCUGGUUGCUAAUACACUUGCACAUUGUGCCACAAUCUUGCCAGCCUUUUCUCUUUGUUGUAAACAACUGCAUGUACAAAUUCUCAGUCACAGAGAGGAUGUUUCCAAGAAAGCACUAAAUUAGUGUGAGUUCUUUUCUCAACUCUGAAAUCAGCUCUAGGGCAGAAGACAUGCUCUUCACCUUCUUCCUGUCCAUGUCACACAGAUCAACUCAGUAGGAGUCUCUUUCAUCCAGACAUCGAGGAAUCUGUUGCCAACAGUUAUCUUGGAACCUCCCCAUCAAGCUUUGCUGCAGGCAGAGCUUCCAGAAAAAAACCCAUUUAUACGACUAAAUGGGAACUGCAGGUCAUGAUGCCAUGGCAGACACCUCACUUCAACCCAUUCACUGCAUCAGUCUAAUCCUACAGGGUCAGUACCUGCUUUCCUCACCAGCACAGCUCCUGGUGGCUUUUCAUCUCCCCAAGUUACUUGGCAUAAAAUGACACACUGUUACUGCACUUGACAUGUGUAUUCUGAAGUCUAGCCCAAAGACAUUUUUCUUUCUCCAAAGCAUUUUUGUGCCAUUACAUCUGAAGCACAGCCUCCACUGUGAAAGAAACAAGUCUUGGCUUUAAAACGUGAUGGUAUAAUAGGACUUACAACAUUUCAAAGAAGCAAACUCAACUCCCAUCUACCUACAUAGUAAUUUUUAAGUCUUCCAAAACUGGGGAGCACAGUAAGGAGUUUUUGAGUGGGCUGGCAAGGCUGAAGGCUGUCUUCAUUGUAGUUUCUCUCGGAAAAGCUUAUUAUAAAGAUACACUUCCCUACUCCCAAAUCCAGUCAUCUCUAUUGCUUUUGGGGGAUAAAGGGAACACAGGAAUAAUCUAAAGGUCUUUUUCACUGAAGAUCAGAAAAUCCUAAUACUUUCAUACAGAAAGCAGAAGUUCAGUACAAACUGCCAGCUCAGAGAAGGACAUAGGCACAUCCUGUAUGUGUCCAAUCCUGGCUUCCUCAUUAUGAGGCCUGUCCCAUAUAAAAAAACGGAUUAUUAAUUUAGGGAUAAUAUUUUUGAACCACCCUGGUGGCCAGUGCCUAUCAGGGCUGUUUUCUAAUAGAGUAGGGGCAGCAGUUGUGGAAAAGUCUGCAGAGAAACACCUGCCAUAGCAAAUCUCUGGAACAGUGCACAAUACACCCAGGGAUGCGGAGAAGGACUUCUGUCCUUCCUGAGAACAUGCACUCUGCCAAAGCCAUAAUCAGGACCACUUCCAGGAGCUUGGGGUCACUUGGUUUUCAACAGAAUGGGAGCUGCAGCCAUCCAUAUUCCCAGAGGCUUGCUCCUUCUUUCACUUACAGCAGGCGAGCUAUGGCAUUGAAGACCAUUGAGCCUAAUACCUGUGAUGUUUGCAUUCAAUCCUCCUCUCAAGAGACUCCACUGGCACAUGCCAGGAUACACCCGAAGAGUUAUAGGAAUAACUAAAUUAUAGCAGAAAGUUCAUAAAAAUAAGGGCAGGGAUGGAGAGCAGGUUUAUUAUGUCUCAGGAAAAUAAGGCAACCGUCUCCUUUUAUUUUUUUGCUAGUAAAUUGAGCAUCAGAACCAAAGCCAUGAAUCAUUUAUCUGCAAAUACCCCCAGUGCCUGAGAAUACUGUCAGACUCCUCACUUGCUGUGUGCUGGCACUGGGACAUACAAAGGUGUCCUGCAAAUGCUGCCCUGUUGAAAAGUUUCCCAGCACCAGCAGGUUAUGCCAAUCUGAUAGAGUAGGAUACAGCAAACAACAUUUUCUGCUGUGUGGGAAGGAACCACUUCUAAGUCAAACUCUGCGGCUUCUAUUAGCUGGCAAGGACAAACAGACAAUUAGUUACAAAGAAAGUAUAAUGUAACUUCAUCACUCCAGAAACAGAGCCUUAAGUGGCUCCUUUCCUGAGAAGAUGGACACUUCACAGAAAAACUGUUGCCAGUGGAAGUAGACUGAAUAACAAACUUCUGGAAGUAUUUGGCACUUGGAGCUCAAGGCAGGAAAAAAUAAGGAAAACCAUCUUUUGGCCAAGGAAUGGUACAGAUGUUUCAGUUAAUUCUUCUGUAGACACUUUUCAUUUUCUCUUGUGCACAAGGGGCACAGGAGCAAAAUGCAUCUGCAAGUCAUUAUGUGCUGCACACAAUAUAAAACUGUCAGGGGAAGCCCUCGAAUGUCAGUAUUUUUCCUCUCCAAUGGUUUUUAAGAGCUGAAAAGUUUUGGGAAACAGAUGUUUUUGUAGUGUCUGUAUUUUCUCACCUCUGCUUUUCAUAGUGUGCAUUGCCUGGGCUUGCACAGCACACAGCAAUGUUAUCCUCAGGCCAGCAAAAGAGGGUUGGGGUGCACAAAUGGCCCUGCCCAACAUUUGCAAUACUUUUACCCCAUUUUCUUUUAAAGAUGGUUCUUAGAAAAAUGUCAUCUCUCCCUCAGUAACCCUUUCCCAUUCUUUCUCAAAAAUUAAUAGUCCAACAGUAGACCAGUUUGACCUUCCUUUCUUGGAAAUCAUUCAAUCUGUACAGCAAAGUUUGUUUUGUACAAAACAGUUCCCGCCAUAUGCACCCAUUUGUACACCCCUUGCGCUUGUGUUGCUAAUAAAGGUUUAUAUUUGGUGUUGCUAAUAAAGGUUUAUAUUUGGCAUGGA